AAAGAGAAGGAAAGGAAGAAGAAACAGGAGAAGAUGAGCAGGGACAAUGAGACUGAGAAGAAAUGGGAGAAGAUGAGCAGGGACAAUGAGACUGAGAAGAAACAGGAGAAGAUGAGCAGGGACAAUGAGACUGAGAAGAAACAGGAGAAGAUGAGCAGGGACAAUGAGACUGAGAAGAAACGGGGAAAAGACAGAAACAAGACUAAAGGGAAUGGCGUUAAAAGUGACCCACUACUUCCAUCCACCACAGGAACGCCUGAUCCUCCAACAGAGAAAAAGAAAAAGAAGAAAAGGCUGAAACUCUCAGUGGAGAUUGCAGUGCCUGAGACUCCGGUCAACCCUGUACAGGCAUCCACAAAGACCCCUCCUAGAAAGAAAAAUAAAUCAUCUAAGAGUAAGUUAGGCCUUUAGAGAUGAAGGUCACCUACAAUGGGGCUGUGUCAAGUGUGGACCUGGACCCAGGAUUCUACCUAAAUGGUAGUUGAGCAAUAAUGGUAAAGACUGUCUGUCCACACAAUGGUCUCCCAAGACCAAAUCAACUGGGCCCAGCUUUUCAAAAGUUAUCUGGAUGUUGAAAUGCAUAGAAAUAGAAUUAAUAGAACAGAAGUCCCCAUUCAAGUCAAUGAUUUGUCUGUCCUAUUCAUACUAUUUCUAUGCAUUUAAUUGUAUGCGAUAGGCGAAAUCCAGAUAGAUAACGUUAGAAAAACCGGGCCCUGGGGAUUUGUUCAAUUUUUUUUACAACAUUGUAUACUGUAUUAAAUAAACACUUUUCCUGUUGGUACAUUUAAUGAAGUUAAAACAUUGAUUUUUAUUAGUUUAUCCCCUCCAAAAUAAUUGUACAGUUUGCUGUUUUGCAUACUAUGUGAUGUGCUGCAGCUAUCUAUGUUACUGUACAUUUUAAUUAUGAUGUUUCCUUGUAUGUUUGUGUGAUAGUGACAAACAGAACGUUUUAAGGAAAUGUCAAGUUUACUAUAGCAUUAGCCCAUUCAUAGCCGCUAACUACCUUUAGGGCCUAUUGAUGAUAGUAACUUCUGACGGGGGAGUUUUGUUAAGAGCCCCGACACUCUCUGAAUGUGAACAUGCAUUGCUUGCCGUACGAAUUUUGAAACAUAAGGAACGUACACUACCGUUUCAAAGUUUGGGGUCACUUAGAAAUGUCCUUGUUUUUGAAAGAGACGCACAUUUUUUUGUCCAUUAAAAUAAUUUCAAAUUGAUCAGAAAUACAGUGUAGACAUUGUUAAUAAUGUUAAAUGA